AUGGUGUUCCUGGAAGGGGAUAUACGGAGCUACGCGCAGGUCGGACGCGCCGUCGCCGGUGUGGACUGCGUGUUCCACAUCGCCUCCUACGGCAUGUCCGGCAGAGAGCAGCUGAACCGAGACCUGAUCGAGGCUGUGAACGUCGGCGGCACCCAGAACGUCAUCAAGGCCUGUUUGGAGCGUGGCGUACCCAGACUGGUGUACACCAGCACCUUCAACGUGGUCUUCGGGGGUCAGGAGAUACGGAACGGGGACGAGGGCCUCCCUUAUCUGCCGCUCCAUCUCCACCCGGACCACUAUUCCCGAACCAAGGCCCUCGCCGAGAUGGCCGUGAUGGAAUCGAACGGGGUCUCGCUGAAGGACGGCUCCGGGGUGCUGAGGACAUGCGCCCUACGCCCGGCGGGAAUCUACGGCCCCGGAGAGCAGAGACAUCUCCCCAGGGUUGUAAGCUACAUCGAGAAAGGCGUGUUUAGGUUUGUUUACGGCAGCCCGAGCAGCCUGGUGGAGUUUGUGCACGUGGACAACCUGGUGUCGGCGCACGUGUUGGCCGCGGACGCCUUGACCGCCGCCAGGCAGCAUCGCUCGGCGGGCCAGGCCUACUUCAUCUCAGACGGCCAGCCCGUCAACAACUUUGAGUUCUUCAGGCCUCUGGUGGAAGGCCUGGGCUACCCGUUCCCCACCCUGCGCCUUCCCGUGGGACUCGUUUACUUCUUCGCCUUCCUCACCGAGAUGAUCCACCACCUGGUGGGACCGUGGUACGACUUCCAGCCGCUGCUGACGCGCACUGAGGUGUACAAAACGGGCGUGACCCACUACUUCAGCAUGGCCAAAGCCAAGGCGCAGCUGGGUUACCGUCCCGAGGAGCAAACCCUGGAUGAGGUGGUCGAGUGGUUCCGGAGCAGAGGCCACGGGAGAAAACGCCAUGGCUUCGCUUUCAGUCGACUCGUGGUUAACUUUCUGUUGGCCGCUGCCUUUACGGCUGCACUGCUCUCUUUUCUACCAGUUGUUGGCAGCUGAUAUCAUCAUGCUAAUAACAAUACUGUAUGUAGGGAUGGGCAAUAUGGCCAUCAGUGUGUGAAUGUGUAAUGUAAAUGUAAAUGUAAAUGUGGAAGUAGUGUCAAAGCGCUUUGAGUACCUUGAAGGUAGAAAAGCGCUAUACAAGUACAACCCAUUUACCAUUUAUA